CAAUAUCUCGCGCGUCUCAUGUUCGGAUUAGUAUCAGUUGUAAACCAACAUGGCUUUAGACAAGAGCUUCGUAUUUUUAUGUUUAUUCAGUGUUGUUUAUUGCAAAGACUGUGUGAUCGACCAUAGAACUGAAGAUUUCUCUUGGGAAGUUCAGCUUUACAAUGACGUGAUCAAAAAGUGUAUAAUGAAAAGCAACCUAUUCAAACCGCCGCCUAACAACAGCACGAACCCUUUAAAUGUUACUCUCAAUUUCAUUGUGAGAAACUUUAGAUUCCUGUCAAAUGAAGAAGUAUUCUCCAUCUACAAUAUGGUCUACAUACAGUGGGUCGAUGAAAGACUGACGUGGGACCCGAAAAAGUACGGAGGAAUUGAGAAGAUGAUAGUAUCCAGUAUGCGUAUUUGGACUCCAGGCUUGCGCCUCUUCAAUACUCUAGACGAGAAUGAAAUUGACUUUCUGUAUUGUAAAUGUUUUCUCGAAUACGAUGGAAAAGUGCAAUGCAUUCCGAGGAUGAGGCACGACGCUGCUUGCAGCUCCAAGCUCGGAAAGUGGCCGUAUGACACCCAAUCAUGCACACUUCAUUUCGGCAAUUGGGAGAAACCUUAUACGUCAGUAGUAUUUACAUUUGCUGGAAUAUCCAUGUUCGGAGCGGAAUACGGAGUUGGAUGGAAUAUAAUUAACUACAAUGUAUCUCAAAAUCCAAAUAAAACAGAACAGAUUUCUAUAACAUUUGAUAUAGAAAGGCAAGCUCCGGGCCUUGUUGUUACUAUUGUAAUGCCAUGCUUCGUCCUCUGUGUUCUUACAUUGACAUCAUUAGUAUUAAAAGUAGAUGGUAUUCGUCUAUCAAUGUCUGGUUUAUGUUUGUUAUUGCAUUACUAUAUUUUGCAGCAAAUCGCGGAAUUUAUUCCGAAGCACAGCGCAGAUCCGCCCAUGAUCCUUUUGUUAGUACGCAGUUCAGCUGUUUUGACUUUUAUAACCAUUCCAUUGACGUGUUUCUUGCAAUACUUAAUGAAUACAGAUAAACCAUUACCAGCUUGGAUAACUAAAGUAAAUGAUUGUGUUCUUAAAACUAAGUUCAAGUUCAUAAUAUGGCCAAGGUGGGAAGAUGACAGCCAAUCAAUAACGCUUUCAGAAAAUUUGACUGAGGGCAAGAAAAUUAAAGGAGAGUGGUUGGAUUUUGCUAAUGUUUUAAAUAGUUUAUUUAUAGUUGUUUUUACAGUAGUUUAUGCCUGUUUCUUCUCUGUGUACAUGUCUAAGUUGACGCCAAUUACAUUUACCUAUUAGGUAGUCCAAAUGUAAAUCUAAUGUUGAAGGCACUACAACGUUUUAUUGUCUUGGUUUACGCAAAGAAGCCGGCAAAAAUAAUAAUAUGAAAUAAAUAAUGUAGCUUUACCUCACGCCCUCAGGAGCUCGGUGGCGCAGCGGUAAACGCGCUCGGUCUGCGAUUGUUAAAGUUAAGCAACUUUCGCAAAGGCCGGUCAUAGGAUGGGUGACCACAAAAAAAAAGUUUUCAUCUCGAGCUCCUCCGUGCUUCGGAAGGCACGUUAAGCCGUUGGUCCCGGCUGCAUCAGCAGUCGUUAAUAACCAUCAAUCCGCACUGGGCCCGCGUGAUGGUUUAAGGCCCGAUCUCCCUAUCCAUCCAUAGGGAGGGCCCGUGCCCCAGCAGUGGGGACGUUAAUGGGCUGAUGAUGACCUAACGCCACGCUUUCUCUUAAAAUAUUUUAGUUUAGUUAAUAGAUAUUAAAACAAUUCAUCUAAAAAAGCAAUAUUGCAAUUUGACAACUGCGCAUAUAAACGUAAGUGGGCAAUUCAAACAAAUGUCAAAUAGCCAUAUUGACUUUUUUAGAUGAAUAGCUUUUAUGUGGCCUUUUUAACUCCCCUGUAGUACUGUACUGUAUGUGUGUGCACCGGGUGAGAGCCUUCAGCGCUCCCCAUUUGUCCGGCCAAGUAGUUAAUGCCAUCUGCGGCAAAUCUACAAUAAGUCACGUCAAAAAAAAAAUGUAUGUGUGUGUGUUUGUGCUGUAGGUUUAUGUUUUAUUAUAAGAAUGAUUAAAAAGAUCGC